AUGGUGUUCGAGACAGAAUAUCAGGUUGAAAAUGUGGCCGCGACCCCAGUGGCAGCAGACAAGAUCGAUGCAACUUUUCGAUCUUCUACUACUGAUUUAGUAUCAGCCGCAUUGGGCGGGAAAGUCCUUUCGUUCUCGGACGAAUGGUUUGCGGAGGCCUCCAACCUUCUCACCCCUGGGCCACCUAUCCGGCAGCUAGGCAAAAUGGUCUACUCCGGCGCCUGGUACGAUGGUUGGGAGACCCGCCGCCAUAAUCCCGCGCCUUUUGACUAUGUAGUUAUUCGUCUAGGGGUGGCUUCGGGCAUUGUCGAAGGGAUUGAGGUUGAUACAACCUACUUCUCCGGCAACAAUGCACCAGCAAUCUCCGUGGAAGGCGUCUUCAGCUCUAGCGAUGAGGAGGUGGUUGGCUGGAAGGGAGGUAGGGGUAAAUGGGAGGCAAUUCUUGGGAUUCAAGAGUGCGGACCAACCCAGCGGUUUGCCUGGAAGUUGGCGGCUCCGACAAAGAAGCCAUACACGCAUGUUCGACUGAACAUGUAUCCCGAUGGAGGCAUUGCCAGGUUCAGACUGUAUGGCCAUGCAGUACCCGUGUUCCCGGAGGAUAAAAAUGCCACAUUCGAUCUCGCCUCUGCUCAGAAUGGAGGGGUAGCAGUCUCAUGCAGCGAUGAACAUUUCGGUGCUAUAUCGAAUUUGCUUCUUCCGGGCAGGGGCAAGGAUAUGGGAGGUGGCUGGGAGACGGCAAGGACUAGAGGCAAGGACCAUGUCGACUGGGCAAUUAUACGGCUUGGAACCAAAGGUACAAUCCAGAACUUGAAUGUUGACACUGCAUUUUUCAGAGGCAACUUCCCUCAGAUGGUCAAAGUUGAAGCGAUAGAUUGGUCUGGUGAGGGUGAACCAGGGGCGUUGGCGGAUGGAUGGACAACCAUUGUUGAGCCUAGCAAAUGUGGCCCAGAUAAGGAGCACCUCUUUGAAUCUCUGGUUCCCGACAAGCCAUUCACUCAUGUAAAGCUGAUCAUGAUUCCUGAUGGGGGCGUAAAGCGUAUUCGGGUGUUAGGGAAGAGGGUUGUUUAG